AUGGCCAAAACAGCCCCAAAGAGAAAAGCUGCAAAUGGAUACAAAUUAGCUGAACCAUUGCCUAAAGGUGAAAUACUGCAAGACAUUUCAAAAAAGCAAUGGAAACUUGGUCCUUCUAUUGGCCAAGGGGGAUUUGGCGAGAUCUAUUCAGCCCAAGAAGUUGGUGCUGGUGGUUCCAAAUACCCUUAUGUUGUGAAAAUUGAACCUCAUGCAAAUGGCCCUCUAUUUGUGGAGAUGCAUUUUUACAUGAGAAUUGCCAAAUAUGAAGAUGUUGAAUCUUUCAAGAAAGAAAGGGGCCUGAAAACAUUUGGCAUGCCUCAUUACCUGGGAUCUGGUUCUCAUGAAUAUAAGGAAGAGAAGUAUCGUUUUAUUGUGAUGGAAAAAUUUGGGACUGAUCUAUGGAAAAUAUUUCUUGAGAAUAACAAAAUUUUUCCUGCAACCACAGUUUUCAAAGUAGCUGUUCAAAUUUUAGAUGUUUUGGAAUAUAUUCAUAAACGUGGUUAUAUACAUGGUGAUAUCAAAGGUGCUAACAUUCUCAUGGGCACUACUAAGGAAACACAGAACAAACAAGUCUAUUUAGUAGAUUAUGGAUUAGCUUGCAAAUAUAAUGGUGAUACUGUAUUCAAACCAGACCCAAAGAAAGCACACAAUGGCACCAUUGAGUACCUUAGUAGGGAUGCACAUCAAGGGGUUCAGUCAAGGAGAGGAGACUUGGAAAUUCUUGCAUAUAACAUAAUACAGUGGUUAGGCUGUACUUUACCUUGGGAAAAACAUCUCAAAGAUCCUAAAGUUGUUCAACAAUCCAAGGAAGAAUAUAUGACUAGUGUCCCUAAAUUUAUGAAGGCUUGUUUUGAGAAAAAAUCACCACCAGGACCAGUAGUAGAUUUUUUGAACUAUCACUCUACAUUGAAACAUGAUUCAGUACCAGACUACAAGAAUAUCAGGAAAAUAUUCCUAUCUGGAUUGGAAAAAGGAGAUGCACUAGGGAAACCACUUCACUUUUCACCAUCAAAGAAGACUCCAAUGAAACGUAAAAUGGAAGGAAGUUCUCCACUACCUAAGCAAAAAAAAGGUAGAAAAAAAAUAGAGGAACCAUCUGAGGAUGAAAGAGAAACUUCAGAUGAUGAGGAAAUGCAAGUAACUCCACAAACAAGAAAGAAGGUUGGAAAACAGACCUCACCCAAAAGGAAACGUGAAAAGAAGAAAUUACUGGAUGAACUUUCAGAAGAUGAGAAAGAGAACAUAGUAGAUGAUGAGCCAAUAGAAGAAACACAUUUGUCGAAUGAUGAAAUUGCUGAUUCACCACCAAAAAGAGGAAGGGGCAAAGUAGUAAAACAAUCCACCCAAAAAAGAAAAGCCAUAAUUCAAAAAGAUGCUGAAGAACCACCCGAAGAUAGACAUGAAGAAGGUUCACCAAUCCAAGAUGAUGUUCCAGAUAGGGAAAGUGAAGAAUUCCCUAGAACACCUACAAGGAGAGGUAGAGCCAGAAUAAAUUACAAGGAAGAUUCAGAGGAUGAAAAAAAAUCAAGGAAACGACCUACCAAAAAGACUGCCAGUACCAAAGAAGUCCAUGUGACAGGCGAUAGUACCCACAGGUACAAUGAUGCCAUGAAGGAAGUAGUGAGAAAGAAGAUGCAAAAUGGAAAUUUGAAGAGCAAGAAAGAACCCCCAGUGGAACAUGAUGAUGAUGAUGAUAUGGUGGGUUACACUGAUAGUAUGAAGGAAAUUGCAAUGAAGAAAAAGAAGAAAGUUGUUGGGAAAAGGGGAAGAAAAGCCAAUUUAGCACCUGUUGCUUCUACUAGUUCCUAUACUGGACCUGCAAUAGCUAAGAAUGGUAUUGUUAAGGUCAUUUCACGACAAGAUGUCAUUAAGAAUGUUCAGUCGGACUCUGAAUGA